GCUGAGAUGGGCUGACCAAACCAAUGACGGAGAGCCCGACGUAAUGGGCGAGCCGGUCGUGACAGAGCACCAGGAGGCUCUGAAGACAGGAAACUCGAGCACCCGGCGAGAAGCAACGAGACGACGCUCCACGGAGUAUAAGUGGAGGGAAACCAUGGCGGAUAGGCACAGGGACAACUGGCGAGAGAGUUCGAAGGAUUCCUAUUGGAGGGACAGAUAUAGAGAUAGAGCACCACCGCGGCGUGUCUUCGACCCCCAAACGGGGGAAUCACACCCACUCCCUUACGAGAGCAAGGAUCGCUAUAUUAUCACGCACAAGACCUCAAAGCCUCCUACUUUCAGGGGCUAUGGCAUUACAGAAUAUCUGGAGAAGUGGGAGCUUCACGCCAGCCGGAGUCAGUGGUCGGAGGAAGAGAUUAUAGAGAACUUCCUAUUCAAUGUGGACCCAAGUCUCGGUAAGGAAGUUAAGGAAGCUCGACCGAAGGAUGGGAAAUGGACUACGUACAAGAAGAACCUUGUUGAGCUUUACAAAUUGGAGAAUAACAAGUACUUCAUCAAGGACCUUGAGACGAUGACUCAAGAUGAGGAUGAGAGCGUACGGGCAUUUGGGAUGUGUUUCCAGAAGAUCUCCGACGUGCUGAUGAAGAAGGGGAAGAUCUCAGAGGUCGAGCGUUGUACUAUCUUCAUCGGACAUCUGUCCAAAGGUAGACAAAAGAGUAUACUUAGAGACCUUCCAUGCGACAAGCUUGACUUCCCAGAAGUCCUAAAGCUCGCGAUAAAGGCAGAGGCAGACGACUACAAAGACUUGGUAUGGAGGGGAAUGAGGAGACCGGAUUUCUCUCUCUAUAAGGAGUAUGUCACUGAUAGAUGCCCUGAUUUCAAAGACUAUCCCUGGUCGGAAAAGAAUGAAGCCGUGGCUGAGGAAGUGAAGGAGAUAAGGGACAUGGUAAAGGGAUUGACAAGACAGGUAACAGAGAUUGUGACCACCACCGGAGCCACGGCAUAUUGGGACAAGCUCAGAGGGCCCUAUUCACUUCACUGGGACCGGAGGAACACUGAUUCCUGGAGGAGUGUCGAGGAUAGAAAUCCUCGAACGCUGACUGAUUAUCGUGCGAGGGAGAGGGAGAAAGACGAUGAGCCAUGGCGGCACCGGGAUGAUGAGAUAGACCGGGACCGCAGGACUCGCGAGACGUAUGGGCGUGCUAGGAGACUGGAUGACUACUCGCGUAGCCCUCGCUAUGAGCCUGACGGGGGUAUAGGCGACUCUCGAGGCCGGUGGGAGUCGGAUCAGGGUCGGCGAGACGGAUACAGGGGCGACAGAUAUGAGAGAUCGGGUCGAGAUGGACAUAAAGACGAUAGAUAUGAGAGGAAUGGGAGAGGGGGAUAUGGCGCGUCGUCUGAUCCGUAUCCGAAGUCCCCUUACCCUAGAAAAGCGAGGGGUUCGACCUCCAGAGGCGCUGACGACAGGCCACCCACUCCCAGGAACUAUUGUGUCUACUGUAGGAGGGAUGAUCAUAUCAAGAGACAUUGCUUGGAUCUCAAACGGGCAAUAGAUGAAGGACUUGUCGUGCUUGAUGACCACAAGUACGUCAAGUGGGCAGAUGAUCUGGGAGAUGUAUCGAUGUUCCCCUCGAUGAAGGAGAAUGUCGAAGCAAGGAGAGUAAAGCCGAGUAAAGGAAAGGAGCCGGUUAGAAGUCAGAGCAUGAAGAUAACUUUCGAAAGAGAUAUGGCGACCACACCCAUAAGGGUGGCAGCUACCAAGUCCGCGAGAGGGUCUACAUCGAAGAAGACCGACACGGAUUACGUGAUGACGGAGAAGGACGGACAGCGGAUCGAUGGAGAGGAGGUUAUUCUUUCGCCGCGGAAGCGGGGAGUGAAGAAGUUUUUGAUGAAGAGUUCGCUGGACGAGAUUGACACGGUCGAGCUACUGAGGCGGGCCCUUCGGCAGCCCAUGCAGUGCUCUAUUCUGGAGUACCUGGCGGCAUCGAAGCCGGCUCGCGAUGAGUUACAAAUGAUCACGGGGAAAACUCGCAUACCUCUAUCAGAGGAGGCUCAGGGGGGCCCUAAGGCGGAAGCUCCCACUGUAGCAGUGACGGGGGUGACUGCCAGAGCGGAUCGCAUAGCGACAGUCCUCCUUGAUGGGAUGGAAGGUGUGUCUCCAGACAAGUUUUACAUACUUGGUAGUGGGGCCGUGGAGGCGAUCAUAAAUGACGGAGCGGUACUAGAUGCUGUGAUCGAUAACGGCAGUGAGGCUGUCAUUAUAGACGAGGAUCUGGCAGUGCGGGUUGGACUGAGACUCGAUAGGUCAUUACCUAUUCGAGAUAGAGACGGCUGAUGGGAGAAAGCAACAGAUCACUGGGGUUUGUCACAAGGCAGCCAUAGAGGUCCAAGGGGUACGAGUCACCCUGCCUGUCUUUGCAGUCAAGAACUGCAGCUCCGAUCUG